AUGAGAGUGAGAGAGUCAGACGGAGACGAGAGAGGGAGAGAGGGGAGUGACGAGGAGAAGAGAGAGGAGGCGAGGAGAGAGAGAGAAACUGGAGAGAGGAUGGAGGAGAGAGGGACUGAGGUGAGAGACGAGAGAAGAGAUGGGAAGAGAGUGAGGAAGAGAGAGAGACGAAAGAGAGGAGGGAGAGAGAGAGAGAGAGAGGAGGGAGAGAGAGGUGAGAGAGGACGAGUGAGAGAGAGGAAGAGAGAGAGAGACGAUGGGAGGAAGCCGAGUGGAGAGAGGAGAGAUGGAGGUAAGAGGAGAGAGAAGAGAGAGAGAGAGGAGAGGAGAGAGAGAGGAGAAGUGGUGGAGAAACGAGAGAGGAGGAGUGACGAUGUAGGAGUAGAGUAG